ACACAAACAGUAAAUUGUUUCACAUGAACUCACUGUUCCAUAAUAUAGAGAGAGAGAGAGAGGGAGGGAGAUCAGAUUCAUUUAUUUCUGUGUUGAUUUAUAAGGUUAGCAUUAUUGGGUUUUUAUUCUUUUCUUAGGUUGCAUUCAAUGCUAAGUAGCCAUGACAGUGGCAGAAGUUUGUGAUCUCCAAAUCCAUAUCAAUGGUCAACAAAGGUUCUUUCUGCAUGAGAAAGUCCUGUCAAGAUUUUCUGGGAAGUUGAGGAAGAUAAUCAAGCAAGAAAGGAGGAGAACCCAGGCCAAGAAUUCAAGGAUAGAUAUUGAUGAUUUCCCAGGAGGGGCAGAAGGGUUUGAAUUGGUUUCAAGGUUCUGUUAUAGCAGUGGGGAGGGCACAAGAAUCACAGUCUCAAAUGUGUCAAUUCUCCAUUGCUGUGCAGUGUUUCUUGGGAUGACAGAAAAGGUGUCCCCUUGCAAUCUCUUGCAUCAAACCCAGGCUUUUCUUGAAGGGAUGUUCUAUUGGUCUUGGCUUGACAUUCUCACAUCUCUCAAGACCUGUGAGCCCUUUUUCCUCUAUGCAGAUUCCUGUGGGCUUAUCCCAAAGCUCAUCAAUGCCCUUCUAGCUAAGAUUGCCCAGAAUUCAGAUAUUAAUGUCCUUUUUGGUUCCUCGUCUUCCUCGUCUUCCUCCCCGGAUACCGGGAAACCCGGUGGCCUAAUCCGGGCCUCUCCUAAUUCCAAGAACACACCCGAGCUUGUUAAGCCAAGCAAGGCCUGGUGGUUUGAUGACAUGACUGUUUUAUCCCCGGUUACUAUAGAGCAGUUUGUGAAGACCUUAGGGGCUUUUGGGAGUGAAAACAACAGCCUAGUCCUCACCAAAUUCCUCCUUCAUUACCUAAAAACUGUAGGCCAGGGAAAGGGUGUGAAUUCAAGAUCCUCCUUAGAGUACAGUGGACUAGCAGACACUGCAGUUUAUGGGGUGAUUUUGAUGGGCACAACUGCCUUUUCUUGCAGAAAUCUUUUCUGGGUUUUGAGAAUUUUGUCUGGUUUUGGGGUGAGCAAAGAUUGCAGGGCAGGACUGGAGAGCCUGAUUGGUGGGAUGCUUGAACAGGCCACCCUGGAUGAUCUGCUGGUGUGUGGGCACAAUGGGAGUGUCUAUGAUGUGAGCCUUGUACUCAGAUUGAUCAGGUUGUUUGUUCAUCAUCAUAACACCAAAACUUCACCACACAAGAUGAUGAAAGUUGGAAGAUUGAUUGAUAGGUACUUGGGAGAGAUUUCCCCUGACCAGAGCCUCAAAAUCUCAAGAUUUCUUGCCAUUGCAGAGAGCCUCCCAGAUGAAGCAAGGGAUUGCUUUGAUGGAGUCUACAGAGCAAUAGACAUCUAUCUUGAGUCCCACCCUACACUCACAUUUGAAGAAAGGUCAAGACUAUGCAGAUGUCUCAACUAUGAGAAACUAAGCCUGGAGGCCUGCAAAGACCUAGCAAAGAACCCCAGAAUCCCUCCAAGAAUCGCGGUUCAGGCACUCGCUUCCCAGUGCCCAAAUGUGCCCCCUGCAAUGGAGUUUGUGAAUGAAACUUCAUCAUCAGCAACAACCCAAAUGGUGUUGUACAACAAGUGUGAGAGCCCCACUAGUGGGAGCUUCUCAGAGGAUCAGAAGAGUGAAGAACUGAGGCUAAACCUUCAGAGAAUGCAGUGGAGGGUGGUGGAGUUGGAGAAAGUCUGCAAGGAGAUGAAAGGCCAAAUGUCAAAAAUGGUGAAGACUGGUGUCAUUAUUCCCCCUGCAAAUGGUAGACCCUUGCCUAGACUUUGCUGAGAACCAAUGAGAAGAAGAAAGGAAGGUAUUUUUAAUUCAUAUAUAUGAGGAAGUUUUUUGCUUACCUUCUGUCAUAUGCUGUGCCAUUCUUAUUAGUGUGCUGUUCAAGAUUAUAGUAAUGGGAGUGCAGUAUUUCUUUAUUGAGGCA